CAAUAAUUAAAAAUGGCACAUAGAGAAGGUGUAACAACUGACCCAGUUGAUUGGACCAUGGUUAAAGCUUCAAGUCUCAUUAAAGACCAACAAGUAAUUACAAUUGAUGGCUCUUUACCUAUUGAAGAAGCUUGUGAUGUACUUAUUAAUAAUAAUAUUUCGUCUGCACCGGUUUAUUAUCCUGAUGUAAAAACUGUUACCAAUUCAUCUAUUGUUCAUGCACGGUCUUAUGUUGGAAUGUUUGAUUAUGGAGAUGUAAUUGCUUACAUUCUACUUGUACUUCAAAAUAUGCCACCACCAGGAGAUGAGGAAGAGAGUAGAUUAGAUGAAGGAAAAGGCGAAAGUGAACUGACUUUUGAAAUAAGAGAUAUAUUACAUCGAGCUCUAGAAGGAAGAGAAGUGCCAGUUAAAUUAGCAAGUGAUCUUUCACAGAAAAACCCUUUUUAUUCAAUUAUGCCUGAAGCAACAUUAUUAUCUGUUGUAGAAGAAUUUGCGUACGGUACACACAGAGUAUGUGUAUUGAAUCCUGAUGGCACAAUUAAGGGUAUUUUAUCUCAAUCUACAGUUGCAAGGUAUCUUUUUGAAAAUCAACGUCAUUUUCCAGAUAUUGAAUGUAUGAUGAAUAAGACUCUUCGUCAACUGGGACUGGGUGUAUCCGAUGUCAUUGCAGUUAAUGCUGACUCUCCAGUCUUGGAUGCCCUAGAGUUAAUGAGUAAAUAUAGUAUAUCCUCUGUUGCAGUUCUUGGUCACAUGGGUAUUGUACUUGGUAAUAUUAGUAUGACAGAUGUUAAGCAUGUUAUAAAAAGCUAUCGUCAUCAACUUCUAUGGAAGACUUGCUUUCAAUUUGUAAGCUUAGUUCGUACUCAACAGGGCAUUGAUGAUGGACAGGACCGAUUACCUGUUUUUGAUGUCCGUCUUGACACUACUUUAGGCUUUACUGUAGCUAAAUUGUUGGCUACAAAAUCACAUCGAGUAUGGGUCAUUGAUGAAAGAGAGAAAGCAAUUGGUGUAGUUUCUAUUACUGAUGUUAUGCGUACGAUUGCAUCCACUGCUGGUAUAGAAAUUAAACAACAAAAAGGAGCCAAUAAAGAAUAAAAAUUAAUUUGAUUCAUGUAUUAAGG